GGGGCAGGCCGGUUGCUAAGACUUGGCGAAGCGCAGCGCCCGCGCCCGCGUCCCUCAGGCGGCUGCAGGCUUCAGCCCGCGGCGGUCGGUGAGGAAGAGAUGUCAGCAAAGGAGAACAACUUCCCGCCGCUGCCCAGGUUCAUCCCCCUGAAGCCCUGCUUCUACCAGAACUUCUCCGACGAGAUCCCGGUGGAGCACCAGGUCCUGGUGAAGCGGAUCUACCGGCUGUGGAUGUUUUACUGCGCCACCCUUGGCGUCAACCUCAUCGCCUGCCUGGCCUGGCUGAUUGCUGGAGGCCCGGCGUCCAACUUCGGCCUGGCCAUCGUGUGGCUGCUCCUGUUCACGCCCUGCAGCUACGUGUGCUGGUUCCGGCCCGUCUACAAGGCCUUCCGAGCCGACAGUUCCUUUAACUUCAUGGCGUUUUUCUUCGUCUUCGGAGCCCAGUUUGUCCUGACCGUCAUCCAGGCGAUCGGCUUCUCCGGCUGGGGCGCGUGUGGCUGGCUGUCAGCAAUCGGGUUCUUCCAGAUCAGCGUGGGUGCUUCCGUGGUCAUGCUGCUUCCGGCCAUCAUGUUCUCUGUGUCGGCGGCCAUGAUGGCCAUCGCUAUCAUGAAGGUGCACAGGAUCUACCGAGGAGCCGGUGGAAGCUUCCAGAAGGCACAGACAGAGUGGAGCACAGGCACGUGGCGGAACCCGCCGUCGAGGGAGGCCCAGUACAACAACUUCUCCGGCAGCAGCCUGCCCGAGUACCCCACUGUGCCCAGCUACCCGGGCGGCGGCCAGUGGCCUUAGGGACACCCUCUUGCUCCCGGAAUCGUGUGGUCACCUUGCGGUCCACUGCACGACCACCACGGCCUUGUCUUCAGGUCUCCAGGUCUGAGCAGCUAGACUCCGGGGGACAGGUGGCAGCGGGCUGGCCGCCCUCCCACUGUCCCGGAGCCACUGGUGCCGAGGCUGGAGGAGGUCUUAUAGGGGACUGUGUCACACAAGCCACCCACCCAUCACCAGAGCAGACGCCCUUGGCCCACACCAAGAAGAGGCCUCACGGGCAGCUCCCGGUCCCCACAGCGGAGGGCCGUGCCAGCAUCCCCCGAUCCCUGCACUCCAGCCUCGCCCCUCCCUACACUCUCCGCACCUGGGCAGCUCCUGGUCCAGGGUGUCCUCGGGCCACCCUACCUGCCCCUGAACCAGGGACCCCGGGCAAGCCCUCUGUCCGCACCCCCAAGUUCAGGACCCGAGCCAAGCCGGGAGCACGGCCACUCCCCAAACCCAGCGAACUGCAGAGGGCCGCCUUCCCUGAAGCCCCAGCCCUGCAGGAGCGGCCUUUUUUUUUUUUUCUCUCGUGAGAGGGAGCCUCGCUCAUGUCCCGGCUGGAGUGCCGUGGCACGAUCUCAGCUCGCUGCAGCCUCCGCCUCCCAGG